AAGACAUUGUCGAGUAGGAAGUCGUUCUUGUUUUGGAGUGCUGGUGGUGAGGCUGCGUGUCUAAUUUAUGGUAUUCAUAUGGUAAUAGAAACGGGACGAAAUAUGAAUGUCGUUUUGUUCAUGAUGUUAAUUGGAAACUUCUUCGUUAUUACACACGCGAGCACUUCAGAAUUUAACAAUGUUUGUAACAAGCUCUGGUCACAGGACAGAAAUCGCAUUUCCCUUGGGCGUCAUUAUCAGGUCAAUAUCCAGGGACGCAUUUAUGACGCCUCAUCGAACACCGAUAGAGCUUAUGCACCGUUAUUCUCUUAUGUUGAUCGAAAUGUGCUGAACAAACCGACCUUCAAAGCCUUUAUUGCCUUGCUAGACAACUAUGACCGUUUUGUUGGAAAUACUGAGGAUAUGACCUCGAGUGAAACAAGAGAGAGUUGGGCAUUCUUACAUGCGAUAUCUUCGACUGGACCGUUCAGAGAGCUGCAUAAAUAUCUUGUGAUGAAAAGGAAGGCACCACCAUCGAUGAACGACUUUUUGCAAGAAAUGUUUAAAAUAUGGUUUUAUCGAUACAGACGACUUAGUUACCGUGAUUCCUCCGGUUUCGAGCACGUCUUUCUUGGUGAGAUAUCGAGGGGAGCGGUGACUGGAUUUCACAACUGGCUUCAGUUCUAUUUUUUGGAAAAGAAUAAGCAACUGGACUAUCGCGGGUUCAUGCGUUACUAUAAUGUUGAACCCAGCCGCCUGAAACUGCAAUUGUACUGGGGAAGAUACAAAAAGCUCGUGACGAGCAUGUUCCUUGGAACGAGUCCUGAAUUUGAUAUCGCUGUGUAUACGUUGUGCUUCCUGGUGAACCCAGGAAAGUCGUGCUCGUGUACAAUCAACGGGCAAAAUAUCCCCAUCACAACCCAUCCCUUGGGGAAAUACGUUGGUUCCGCCUACUUAAGAAUUUAAUUUUUCAUGUUAAAGCUGAAUUUAGCAUCUUUGUGAAAUAUCAGUAUUAAAUAAUACUCGAGUGUUGGUUAAAUCAAUAGAUGUU